AUGGAUCAUACUCAUCAACAUGGAAAGCCAGUUAGCAUCUUAAGAUUCUCAGGAUGUAAGGAAAUCAUCGUCGACAACCGUCAACUAGAAAAUAUCUUUAAUCAUCCAGAAAUUCAAGAUCGCAAAGUUGUAAUUUUGUCAUUAAUUGGAGCAUUUCGAGGUGGAAAGAGUUUCUUCUUGGACUAUUGCUUGCGGUUCCUCUACGCUCAUUUCCCGUCCAUCAACAACCCAAGCAAGCAGACUCAAACCUUCUUCAGAAAAGAUGACAACUGGAUCGGCAAGCCUGAUGAACCGCUCAAAGGUUUCUCAUGGCGCGCAGGAACAAAACGGGAAACUGUCGGUAUCAAUAUUUGGAGUGAUGUCUUCCUCCAUACACUAAAUGGUGAGAACAUUGCGAUCUUCGUCAUGGACACACAAGGACUCUUCGACAGAGAUUCUUCACCAACUGAUAAUUCGAGAAUAUUCGCUCUUGGAACUUUGAUCUCCUCCAUUCAAGUCUUAAACCUUAAUCAUCAGGUACAGGAGGAUCAACUUCAAUAUUUACAAUUUGCAACAGAAUUCGCUCAAUACACUUUAAAGAAUAAAGGUAAAAUGGAUGGAAAACCUUUUCAAAACUUAACAUUUCUUAUUCGUGACUGGCAAAACUGUCAUGAAUUCGAAUACGGACCGUAUGGUGGAAAAAGGUACUUUGAAGAUGAAGUUCUUAAAAUUAGACCUUCACAAGGAUCAGAAUUGCAAACAGUUCGUGAAUAUAUAAAAAAUUCAUUUGAUCAAAUUGGUUGUUGUUUAUUGCCAUACCCAGGUACUGAUGUUGCCACUUCUCCUCAAUUUGAUGGACGUUUGACACAAAUGGAUGAAAAAUUCAAAAUUGAGCUUAAAAAUGUCAUUGAGCAUCUUCUUAUGCCUGAUAAUUUGACAUUAAAGAAAUUAAAUUCACAAAAAUUGACAGUCAAGCAAGUCAAAGUUUACAUUGAACAAUAUUUAAAGAUAUUUCAGUCUGGUGAUGUUCCAAAGGCACUAACAGUUUUUCAGUCUAUGCUUGAAAGUAACAUGAACAGUUUGAUCAAGGACUGCAUCGAUAAAUAUAAAACAGGAAUUUUUUAUGAUAAAAAUUUGAAAAAUUUAGAAAGUAUCCCGAUCGUCCAUAAGAAAUGGAAGUAUGAAGCACUAAAGUUUUACAAUGAUAGCAAAAAAAUCGGUGAUAAGCAGCAUGAGGAGAUAUAUAAAGCACAGCUUGAUAAUAAAUUGGAAGUAGUUUACAGCGAGUUUAAGAAUAUUCAUGAACAAAGAUUUAAAGAAUUAAAAAAGAAAGAAGAUGAAUGCCAUGCUAAAGUUGAGCAAGAAAGGAAAAUAAAGAAACAAGCUGAACAACAACGAGCUAAAUUGGAAGCUGACUUAAAAGCAGCUCAAGAACGAAUGACUCGUGACAUCAAGAGAGCCGCAGAAGAAUCAGAAAGAAAAUUGAAUGAAAUCAGGAAGAAACACGAUGAUGAAUGUGCUGCUAUACAACAACGCUUGGAUGAAGAAAAAAAUUCAUUUGGACAUUAUGCUGGAAAAGUUGUUUCGGGAGCUGGUCUGGUAGUAGCAACGCCUUUUGUUGUUGUUGGUUCAGAGGUUGCAACUGUUUAUUCUAUGGUCAAAGGUGCAAUUCAAGAUGGACGCGAAGGUUUUGAUAAACAAGGCAGAGAAACAUUUGAAGCUACUUUUGGAGCCUUUGGAAAUGCAUGGAAAGAAUGGUGGGAGUCUUAG